AUGGCCUCCUCCCUCGCCGCGCGCCGCCUCCUCUCCCGCGCCGCCGCGGCGCGUCGUCUCCCCGUCCCCUUCGCCUCCGCCCCCGCCCCCGCCCCCGCGCCCGCGGCGAUGGGUUCCCGCCGUUUCUCCGCCGACGCGGGACCGCCUCCGCCGCUCCCGCCGCCGCCGCUGGAGCCCGUCGUCGAGCCGCCCACGUCGGAGGGCGCGGGCACCUCGUCUUCCUCCACCACCGCUGGCGCCGAAGGCGCCCACAGGUCGUCGCCGGGAGCCGCGGCGGGGGCGCGGCGCCAGGGUGGUGCGGGGUACGAGGAGGAGCAGGAGAAGCCGCGCAUGGGGUGGAGCGAGUCGGCCAUGGUCACGGGGGCGAGGGACGUUGGCGUUUCCCCUGCCAUCGUGGGUGCAUUCCCAAGGAAGGAGGCCGCCCUUGUCGAGUUUUUCAUGGAUGACUGCCUCCAACAACUGAUGGAUCGAAUUGAUGCUGGAGAAGGAGAGCAGUUGAAGAACUUGAUACUGAGUGAGAGACUCUCAAAACUUGUUCGGAUGAGGCUGGAAAUGCAGGCACCUUAUAUAUCUAAGUGGCCUCAAGCACUGAGUAUCCAGUCUCAACCAGCAAACGUCUCAACAAGCUUGAAGCAGCGAGCUGUCCUGGUCGAUGAGAUAUGGCAUGCUGCUGGAGAUUCUGGAUCAGAUAUUGAUUGGUAUGUCAAACGUGCAGUGCUUGGUGGUAUCUACUCAACCUCAGAGGUGUAUAUGUUGACUGACAAUUCUCCAGAGUUCCGUGAUACUUGGACGUUUGUGAACCGCAGAAUAAAGGAUGCUCUUGAUCUUCAGAAAACAUUCCAAGAGGCCGCAUACCUGGCUGAAGCCGUGGGAGCAGGCAUGGGCGGCACCGUGCAGGGUGUUCUCAACAGGGUCUUCCAGAAACGUAGUGGAUGA